AUGGAUUCCAAAACACACCCACCACGGAAAAUAUUGCUCGUGGCAACCACGGGAGGGUUCACUCAUGCUGCGCCCGUGCUGGAGAUCGGCAGGGUCCUCGCCGAACGAGGCCAUACAAUCGAAUUUGCAACGCUCGAUGGCCAAGAAAAUUGGAUCAAAGGGGUAGAAUAUGGAUUCGUCACUGAAACUCAUCUACUGGGUACCGGACCCACGGCAGACCAGUUGGAUGUUCAUUACCGGCGCAUGCAAGCAUGGGAUGUUCGCAAGGGCAUUGAACCAUCUUUCAUUUCCAAAUGCAUGUUUGACUCCUACUGGCCGCAGACCUAUCAUGGCCUGAAGAAAAUAGUAGCGGCUUCCCGUCCAAGCUUUAUCGUCGCGGAUUUCUUUGUGGACGCUGCAAAUGAUAUGCUUGUCGAGUAUAGAAUACCCAUUGCUAUUCCUGGAUUUCAACUUCCUGGAACUAUGACAUCCGAAGAUGCGUCGAUGCAGCUGCGUAUUAAGAACGAGUUGGUUGUUUUGUGCGACUUGCCGGCAAUCAUCAGAAUGUUCACGUUUACCAGGAAAAUGCGCAGCCAGAACGGUGUCAAUUUUCCAGUCCAUAAGCCGAAGAAGCCCGACUACCUUCUGUUUGUGAAUUCUUUUGUCGGCCUUGAGAUUCCACGAGACUUGCCUCCCACCUGCGCUGCUGUAGGACCGCUCUUGAGUCCUACUUGGCCUCCUCUAGACACGGAGUAUGAGACAUUCAUGAACUCGCACAAGUCCGUGUUAUACAUCGCCCUAGGCACACACAUCAUUCUACCUCAUCAAGAUAUCACUAAAAUCAUAAUCGGAGUCCUUCGCUUAAUGGAAGAGGAUUUACUCGACGGAGUGAUCUGGGCCAUUCCAGAAACAGGCCGCAAAGAUGUCACCGGCAACGAGACCUUCCACAUCAAGACCACGGACGAGAAAUCAGGCGUUAGUCUAGCAGACAUGCUAGCUAACAAACAUCCAGACUGGCUAUUCCCCUUCUUCGCACCCCAACGCGCCAUUCUCGACCACGACUCUACCAAGAUCUAUUUCACUCACGGCGGAGGCUCAAGUGCCAACGAAGCCCUUUUCCACGGAAAACCAAUCCUCUCCAUGGGAAUAUUCUUUGACCAAAUCUCAAACACGACGCGGCUUGUGGCCGGUGGCGUUGCUGAAUCUCUCGACAAAUUCAUCUUUAGUUCGGAUGAGAUAUACGCAAAGAUAAAGAAGAUCCUUGUAUGCAGAGAAGGUGAAUCCUAUAAGCGAAAUGUGCUUCGAUUGCAGCGUAUUGCACAUAUCGCGUCACGUCGGAAGGAGUAUGCGGCUGAUCUUGUUGAGGAGAUGAUAUAUGACCAUGAGUUGAGGUUUGAUAAAGAUGGCAAGGAAUUGCGUCCGAUGCAUUUGCAGACCGCGGAUUCGCGGAUGUCGGCGUUUAAGGCUAAUAAUUGGGAUAUGUAUGCUGUCUGUGGGUUGGGCUUGGCGGCUAUCGUGGGUUCGAUCGGACUCGGUGGGAACCAUCUCUGGAGGAAUCGAGAUUCAUUGAUUCACCAGGUGAUAUCAGUCAUUUCCGGUGGUUUGAGAUAUGUAGACGCUGCCUUGGGCAGAUAA